UGGAGAGCGAGAGAGAAGGAUAGAGAAAGAGAAAGAUGGAAGUACGGUGGGGGGCGCUACAGUCGGCAGUCGCCGUCGCGCCAGGUCCCCGCUAGUGGCUAGCUAAGUAAGCAGCGAGCAGUCGCAUACCCGUCGCCUAACCAGCAUCGCUCGCCUUACCUUUUCACCCUUUUCUCAAAAUUGCAUCGAGGCUUCCGUCAGUGCUGCAUAUAUUUGUCCCGUUUCGCAAAGUCGGUUCUCUUACGACGCAUAGUCCGCCGCUGUCUGUCGUGAUCGUCGUCGUCGCUGUCGCCGCCGUCGUCGCCGUCGCCGUCGUCGCCGUCGCCGCCGCCGCCGCCGCCGCCGCCAUUGCCGCCACCACCACCACCACCACCGCCGCCGCCGCCGCCACCGCCACCACCACCACCACCGCCGCCGCCGCCGCCGCCGCCGCCGCCGCCGUCGCCGCCGCCGCCGCCGCCGUUCGCCGCCGCUACUAUCGCCCUAUCGUUGUCGUCGCAAUCGCAGUCGCAGUCGCAGAGUCGUUGUCGUCGUCGUUUCGUCGUGUCGUCGUCGUUUUACCACGUUCCGCGCGUGCUUUUUCACCAGGCGGAUGGACACGAUCAUCCAGUAAAAAGAGGAGCGGCUAAUAUAUAUAUGUAUAUAUAUAUAUGUAUAUAUAUAUGUAUAUGUAUUAACAAGGGAGAAGGCUUUAAUCGCUAAAUAGGUAUUAGGGAAGAGGAAGAGGAAUAUAAUAUAAAGAUUAAAUAAAAGAGAAUCGUGCGAGCAAUCUGUGAUCGCCAAAGGCGAAGCAGCAGCAGCAGCAGCAGCAGCAGCAGCAGCAGCAGCAGUAGUAGCAGCAACAACAGCAACAGCAGGAAUAGGAGCAGCACCAGCAGUAACAGCGACAACAACAACGGGCCGUUGUAAUCGAAUAAAACGGAAGAACUGAUUAUGAGUCGGAACAGUGCAGCAGGUCAGCACUCAUACGAGCCGGCGUUAUACAAGUGAGAGCAGUUUUUUCGUGGUUUGUGUCCGCGACCUGGCCGAUCGACCAGGAGUUUAAAUUUCGAAGAAGAGGAAAAAGAAGAGGACACGAACGUCGCGAGAGAGCUAACGUCAAGGGAGCAAAACUCGCGUAUUAUAUUCAACGUUGGUUAAUUCGUCCAUAUUCACCGGGAUUAGUGAUGACGACGUAUUAGAUGAUAUUAUUAUUCCUUCUAGCUUGGUGUUUUUUUUGGUGCUUCUUCUAAAAACGCGAAACGGUGAGAGAAAGAAAAAAAAAAAAAAAAAAAGAAAAAAAAAAGAAAGAAAGAAAUAGGAUGAAGAAAUAAAAAGAGAGAAAAGAAAAGAGGAGAAGGGUAAAGGAAAAGAAAGGAAAAGAAAAAAAAAUUAAAGGAGGAAGAAAAGAAGAAGAAGAAGAAGAAGAAAUAUAAUAAGUCAGUGGCUCCUAGGAAGACGGAAGGGAAAUAAAUUUUUUUUUCGUUCGGAUCCCGGUCAUUUGUGAUAUAUCCCGGAGUCAUUACUUUCUAGAAGAUAUCUCGUCGCAAUAUACGAGACGAUAACAAUAAUCAUCCGGACUUCGCUUCGUCUGCAAGAACAGCAGAAUCCGGAGUCCGAGCAUAAGGGAGGAGCCUGUGGAGCGCGCCGAAUAAAUGACUAGACUCGACACGAGACACGCGUUGGCUUGAAACCGGCUUGAAGGACACCACCAGCGGCUUUUUGAGACACGUAUACAUACAGUACAUGCCACUACAUCGACAGCAGCAGCAGCAGCAGCAGUAGCAGCACCAGUAGCAGCAGCACUAGCAGCAGCAGCAACAGCAGCAGCAGCAGCAGCAACAGCAGCAGCAGUAGCAGCAGCAGCAGCAGCAGUAUCGCCAACAGCAGACUGUGUAAAAAGCAACGAUCGCGCCUACAGAACAACGACAACAUCGACAACAUCGACACAACAACAACAACAACAACAACAACCAUCAUUGUUGUUUCCGUCUUCAUCGACGGUUAGAGAGCUUCGAAGGCUUCCACAAGCUUUGCUCGUUCGAAAGGAGAAGAGUUACGGAGUCGAGAGUAGAGAAGGAGGAGGGUGUAAGGAAAGGAAAAGGAGAGAAAGGAGUUCGCGGAGCUUGGAGAGAGAGGAAAAGGCCUUUUAAAGGAACAAAAUAACGGAGUGAUCGGCUCCAUCGUUCUUUCUUCAUCUUUGUCUUCUACACCAACACCACUACUACUACUAUUACUACUACUACUACUACUACUACUACGACUACGACUACUACUACACUACUACUACUACUACUUGUAUUACUUCUUUGGACAAGUCCGAGAUCUUCCGUGAGUCAACGAGUAUCAACAGCUGUAAGACAGCAACGGCACGUACAAGUAGUAGAGAAACGCACACGCUUUACGUUUUUGGAGCUUCCAUCAAAAAGUAAUAAGAAAGUGAACAAAUAAACAAGCAAACGGAAAAAAAGAAAGAAAAGUACUAAUAUAAAGGCAACAACGGCAACAACGAAAAACGGAGUGGUGUACGGCCUUAGAAGAAAGCUUUCUCUCUUUCUCUCUCUCUUUCUCUCUAACUCUCUCUCUCUCUCUUUUUCUCUCUUUCUCUCUCUCUCUAUUUCUCUCUAUCUUUUUCUCUUUCACUCCAAUAACUCUGAUACAUCACCAGUUUAGCACUUCUCUCUAUUUUGCCGCAAAAUCUCUCUUCUAAACCCAUCGCCAUUGGCAGAUCAACAACAACAAUAGCAGCAGUAACAACAACAACAACAGCAACAGUAGUAGCAGCGCAACGAUCAGUCUAGCUACUGUUUACUACGACUGAUACAGACCGACCGGAUCGAUAACGAGAGCUAAUAAAGCGCACGGGCCGUCGAGAACAAGCGCUUCGCGGUAUUCGGAACGGGAAUAAGGACGCGCAACGUCCUUCGGGAUCAUUCACGGUUAUCCCGUUAACGGGAUCGAGUCGGGGAAAAAAGUUCGCGAUAAUAAUAGACAAGCCACGCCAUUCGUUCUUUGUCCAAGGAGAAUUAUCGAUAAAGGAAGGAGGAAAGAAAUAUAGAUAGAAAAAGAAAGAAAGAAAAAAUAGCAACAACAACAACAACAACAACAACAACAACAACAACAAUAAUAAUAACAAUAGAAAGUAUUUCUAUUCGUCGUUUCUACAAAAAGAUCGAUCGACGCAAGUGAACGCAAGAAGAAGAAAGGAAGGGAAAGAUAGAAAAUAAAUAAAGAAAGAAAGAAUAAUAAAUAAAAGGAAGGAAGCUUCAACCAACAACAACAACAACAACAACAACAACAACUUCUUGUUCUUCGUCGCUCUAGCCAAGCGUUACUAUUACUACUACUACUACUACUAUACUAUUACCAUCACCACCACCACCACUACUUCUUCUCCUUCAUCUUUUUCUUCUUCUCGCUUGAAACAGCGAGACAGACAAAGACAGAGAGAGAAAGUAAGAAAGUAAGAAAGAAAGACAGAAAGAGAGAGAGAUACUAGUCUCUCGUACGUUCUUCUUGGACUGAGAGAAUGGCAAUGGUCAAUAUGAAUAACCUACUCAAUGGCAAAGACUCGCGGUGGCUACAGCUUGAGGUUUGCAGAGAGUUUCAACGCAACAAGUGUACCAGGCCCGACACGGAGUGCAAAUUCGCUCAUCCACCAGCCAACGUCGAGGUGCAGAAUGGACGGGUUACUGCUUGCUACGACAGUAUCAAGGGCCGAUGUAAUCGAGAAAAGCCACCCUGCAAAUACUUCCACCCUCCUCAACACCUUAAGGAUCAGCUUUUGAUAAACGGACGGAAUCACUUAGCCCUGAAGAACGCGCUGAUGCAACAAAUGGGCCUAACGCCUGGUCAACCAUUAGUGCCUGGCCAGGUACCAGCAGUGGAGGCCCCGGCACCUCCGGCACCACACCAUCACCUUCAACAGCAAAUCCAGCAGCAACUUCUCGCUACCCACGCCUUUAUGGCGACGAAUCCGUACCUGACCGGUAUGCCGCAGGUGGGCAACGCGUACAACCCGUACUUCGCGCCCAGCCCGAUAAUGCCGGCGAUAAUGGGCCCGGCGGACCCGACGGGAGUCGGCAGCCCACUCGGCGUCGUCCCGCAGACGGUAGCGAUGCCGCAGAAGAUGCCACGUACAGACCGCUUCGAGGUAUGUCGCGAGUUUCAACGCGGGGCGUGCAAACGCGGCGAGACGGAGUGCCGGUUUGCGCACCCCCUCGAGACGGUGCAGGCGAACGAGGACGGCUCUGUGACGGUCUGCAUGGACGCUGUCAAGGGCCGAUGCAAUCGGGACCCCUGCCGCUAUUUCCACCCCCCUCUGCACCUUCAAGCCCACAUUAAGGCCGCACAAUCUCGGGCUAGCAUUGCGACGGCGACGAUGCCUACGAGCAUGGCGGGAAUGGGCGCGCUGGCUGGUGGAAUGUCAGGAGUGCCGGCGACUGCGAUAUCCGGAGGACUUCAGGGCACAACAAUGGCGAGCAUCGAGCUCGGAAAGAAGCGGAUGCGCGACUCCAAUGACGAUCUGCUAAUGGUACCACGGCUUAUGCAUGAAAUGGACAUGAAGUCUGUUGGGUCGUUCUACUACGAGAACUUUGCCUUCCCAGGAAUGGUUCCGUAUAAACGACCGGCGGCCGACAAGUCCGGUAUGCCGGUCUAUCAGCCGACCGGCGCGACGACCUUAAUGCAGUUGCAGCAGCCCUUCGUGCCUGUGUCAUGUGAGUACACUGGAACACCACCCCUACCUACCCAAACCUCUAACCAAUCGGUCGUGCAACCCCCGAACGUGCAAAGCAACCACCACCACCACCACCACCACGCGGUGGUGCAGUCCUCCUCUUCCUCCCAGGGAACCGGCGGCGUCGCUGUCGGUAACUGCGCCGACGCCAACAAUGGCGUCCUCAUGGAUCCGUGCAACAAUCCGCCGCCGCCACCGCCGACAACCGGCGACAAUAACACUAGCGCUAGUAAUGCCGGUAACAAGCAGACCCUCGUUAAUGCCCAGAAUCAUGACGGCGAAAAUGCGCGUAAUUCCCCCGAAUUGAAUCACUCGAGUCCGGCGAUACAGCAACAAGUUCAACAACAAGCUCAGCAACAAGCUCAACAGCAAGCGCAACAUCAGCAUCAACAGCAGCAGCAACAACAACAACAACAACAGCAGCAGCAACAACAACAGCAACAACAACAACAGCAGGCUCAGCAGCAAGCGCAACAGCAGGCUCAUCAGCAAGCGCAACAGCAGGCUGCUCAGCAGCAGGCUCAACAACAAGCUGCUCAGCAACAGGCACACCAACAGCAUCAACAGGCACAACAGCAACAACACGCUCAACAACAUGCUCAACAACAAUUGCAACAGCAGCAUCAACAGCAAAUGAAUCAAUUGGCUCUAUCGGCCGUACCACCGUCCAUGAGUCCGUUAACGUCAAUGGCCGGGCUAACAUCUAUGCCCGGUGUCGUUAACAUGGCCUCCAUGGCCAAUAUGGUCAGCAUGGCAAACGUCUCCUCGAUGUCAAGCCUAUCAUCAAUGAGCAAUUACUCGGCCGCAAAUAUGGCGAAUCUGAACAUGCUAAAUACGCUCGGUAUGGCCGCGUCCGGAUUACCCGCUCAUCUCGACGCAGCGGCUCUGGCCAAGGAGGUGGCCCAGAAGAAUUACGCGAAAGCGAUUAAAUUGUCACAGGCUUCUCAGCCUUACGGUAUUAGUCAGCUUACGGCACUUAAUUACACUGGCGUAGCAUUGAACAAACAAACCUUGGUGAAUCCUGCGGGUGCCGCCGCUGCCGCCGCGGCUGCGGCCGGACCUGGUUCGGCUUUACAGGCUAGCGCUUUGCCCGGAAGUACUGGUACACCGAGACCAGUGAUCCCUGGACUGGCCGGUAUACCUGGUGCGCUGACGUCGCCACUUUCAGCCGGUAUACUUGCAUACUCAAGACCUCAACCAACCGCUACACCUAUUAAUCCAUAUUCCCUGAUCAGACAACAGAUCCUACCGAAUCCGUAUGUCCAAGCCUCGAUACCCGGUGUGCCUGGUGCGGCCGCAGCCGCGGUUCAGGCAUCGCCCUACGUACAGAAUCCAUAUGCCGUUUUACCUGGUAUGGCUGGUGUACCUGCUGGCGUAGCCGCCGCAGCAGGUGUACCGACCGUACCUCAGAUACCGCAAAUCCCCAAUCCGGCGACGAUAGCGGCGCAACCGCAGGUCGCCAUACCGGUCAGCUCCGGUGUGAUCAUGCAGCCCUACAAGAAGAUGAAGACUUCGUAAAGAACGUCGCUUUUAAUGCUCCUUGGCUUUUCUCCGUAGCGAGAGGUCGGUCGUGCUCUCUUCUGGGCCAACUCCUCUUCCUAUUUCUCUCUCUCUCUCUCUCUCUCUCUCUCUUUCUCUUUUUCUCUCUCUUUUUCCUCUGUCUCUUUCUACUUCUUUUUUCUUUCUUAACUAUCUCUAUUCGUCUAUCAUUCGUUUGGAAAAAAGAACGCGGUCUAAUACUUUAUCAACGUGUUUAACUUUCGAGUCACGCGUAAGUGCAAUUUUUGAUUAUUCUAAACAAGACGAAUCCAUGAAUUAUGUCAACGUUCGCCAACACUUCUCUUUGAUAUAUAAAAAUAAAUAAAUACAUAUAUAUAUUUCUAUCGUUAAAAUCGUUAAUCUUUUUAGUCAUUAUUCGAGAGAAGAAAAAAAAGAAAGGAAAAAAGACAAGAAAGAGAGAAAGUGAUACAAUGAUAAAGAGAGAGAAAAAUACAGAGAGAAAGAAAAAGAUAAAGAGAGAGAGAGAGAGAGAGAGAGAGAAAGAAACAAUGAGAUAGGGGGAGUAUAUAUACUCCUCCUUCAUUCGGUCGAGCGAACGCAAAACGGGAAAGUUGAGACACGCUACACAAUGAAAAAGUUCCGAAAAUAGAUUCAUUUUCUAGUCAGACAUUGUCGGUGAACAGUGCCUUAUUGACCCGAUUCCUCGUGGAGCGUUUUAAACGUAAGACGAAAGAAUGAGAGAACGGCGAGAUCGCACGGCGUUCCUCGCUAAUUGUGUGUGUGACGUCGGAUGAAAUUAGCCGAUUCGUGCGAAUCGGUAAAGAUGGCCGCUAAUUUGCGGCUUCUUCUUUUUAUCGUUCCAAUAACGUGUUUCUACCUAAAUAAUCAAUAUCAAUAU